AUGAGCGCUACUGGAAAACUACAGCGAAUCGUCAUGAAGGUUCUUCUUCUGAUUUUCGCUAUUCUUGCUGUCGUCAGCUGCGGUCCGUUCGGGUGAGUUCGAUUUUCAACUAGAAACAGGCAAGUUCGAAAUGGUUCAGUUAGGCUUUUUAAGUAUUCAGAUGAGCGAAAACAUCAAUAUUAGCUUAAACGAGCUUUUUCUCUCGAAAAUUACAGAAUUCAAAAAAAGAAUUAUUCACCGGUUUAAGCAAGAAUUAUUCACACCAAGAAAAAUAGUUUUUGAAGCGACAAGGUUUAAUCCUUCAAGAUUUUUUUCUAGAGCUAGCAGUGAGUUUUCCAACUUUUUGCAAAAAAAAUAUCAGAAUCUGCUCGCUCCGCUCCAUCAAAAUACUCUUUUUUCAGUUUAAAAAUUUUGAUGGAAGUUUUAAAGAUUUCAAAUUUUUUUAGAGAUUCAUGGUUCAAUUUUGAUCAAACUACACAUAUAAGGCAACCGAAGUCAUUUUUUUUGUAUUUUCAGUAGACACCGUCGUGGAGGAUAUGGUCCUCCACCAGGCAUCGGCUACGGUGGCGGCGGCGGCGGUUACGGCGGCGGCGGCGGUCCUCAGUACGGGGGCGGCGGCUUCCCUGGCGGCGCUCCCUAUGCUGGCGGCGGCGGCAACUACGGACCUCCAGGAGGUGGCUUCGGAGGACCUGGCGGUCAAUGGGGCCGAUAA